AUGCGUCGAUAUGCAGAAAUUGUGAGAAAAUGCUCGCCCUUUCUAUUAGUUUAUUCCAAAGGAGAAAAUAUUAUUGAUGCUGAAGAGGUACGAAAACGAGUGGAAGGAGUAAGGAGAAAACGAAGAGAACUAGGUUACUUUUCCUAUAACGCAGGCGUCGAAACCACUUCUCUAGCUUCUAGUACAUCCACUGAAAAGCUCACCGAAGAUAUGAGGUCAUUCAGGAGGCACUUUGUAGAAAAUCCUUCAUCGCCUAGGAGAAAGAAGGUCCGUGGAAACCGCAACAAAUCACCAGAAGAUGACAUCUGGCACGGAUUUGGAGAAUCCUCCGAAGAUAAGGAAAAAGUGAAUGAUGAGAAGUCAAAUGAUGUGCGAGUUGUACUGCUCGGAGCUGAAGAGAAGAAAGCGAUGUGCCAGAGACGUAGUUCCAUGAUUGAUCUGCGAUUACUUGGAUGGGGACGUUGGGUGAUUGCUCCGGCUACAUUUGAAGCAGGGUUUUGUUCUGGAAAGUGCCCAAAUCCGCUUCCAAAGGAUAUGAACCCUUCAAAUCACGCAAUUCUGCAAAGUCUCCUGCAAUCCGCAUCCAUUCCUGCCGUAUGCUGUUCUCCGGAUCAAAUGCAGUCGUUAACAAUCUUCUAUCGCGACGAAAUCGGGCGAUCGACGAUUAGAAAUUUUGAGAAUAUGAUAGUCGAUUCCUGUACUUGUCAGUAA